AUCCCCGCCAGCGGCGGCGGCGGCGGCUGUGUCCACGGCCACCACGGACGCUAUUGUUCCCUGGUGUUAGAUGCUCUUUCCCUCCUUUUCAUCUGAAACGAACAAUAGGAGGAAAGAGCUUUGCUUUCUGUACUCCUUGGGAAGACGUUCCGAAAGGAAAGAAAAAUUCCCUGCUGAACCAACGUACUGCGAAUCCGGACCCUGGAGCGGCUGCGGGCAGCAUGGGGCUGCAAAGGAAGCGCUCGGUGUCCAGGAGCCGGGGCGCUGCGAGGCCACGCCGGGGCGUCCUGCAGCUGCUGCCGCUGCCACUGCUCCUGCUGUUGCUGUGCCCGGGCGCCCGCGGGGCUGCGGUGCAGAGAGAGGCGGAGGCACCCACCCUCUAUCUGUGGAAGACUGGUCCAUGGGGCCGAUGCAUGGGAGACGAAUGUGGUCCAGGAGGCAUCCAAACCAGGGCUGUGUGGUGUGCUCAUGUGGAGGGCUGGACGACUUUGCAUAGCAACUGUAAGCAGGCUGGAAGACCCAGUAACCAGCAAAAUUGUUUCAAAGUGUGUGACUGGCACAAAGAGUUGUACGACUGGAGGCUGGGACCCUGGAAUCAGUGUCAGCCAGUGAUUUCAAAAAGCCUAGAGAAACCCCUGGAGUGUAUCAAGGGAGAAGAAGGCAUUCAGGUGAGAGAGAUAACGUGCAUCCAGAAAGACAAAGACAUGCCUGCCGAGGACAUCAUCUGUGAGUACUUUGAGCCCAAGCCUCUCCUGGAACAGGCUUGCCUCAUUCCUUGCCAGCAAGAUUGCAUCGUGUCUGAGUUCUCCCCGUGGUCCGAGUGCUCCAAAACCUGUGGAAGCGGACUCCAGCAUCGGACACGGCAUGUUGUGGCGCCCCCGCAGUUUGGAGGCUCUGGCUGUCCAAACCUGACCGAAUUCCAGGUGUGCCAGUCCAGCCCCUGCGAGGCGGAGGAGAGCAUGUACAGCUUGCAGGUGGGGCCCUGGAGUUCGUGCUCCAUGCCACACUCCAGGCAAGUGAGGCAGGCAAGGAGGCGCGGAAAGAAUAAAGAUCGGGAAAAGGACCGAGGCAAAGGAGUCAAGGAUCCAGAGGCCCGGGAACUUAUCAAGAAAAAGAGAAAUAGGAACAGACAGAACCGACAAGAGAACAAGUACUGGGACAUCCAGAUUGGAUAUCAGACCAGGGGGGUCAUGUGCACCAACAAGACCGGGAAAACUGCUGAUUUGAGCUUUUGCCAGCAAGAGAAGCUGCCAAUGACCGUCCAAUCCUGUGUUAUCACCAAGGAGUGCCAGAUGUCCGAGUGGCUGGAAUGGAGCCCAUGCUCAGCAACAUGCCGUGAUCCUGCCUCCCCAACAGGCACACGUGUCCGGACACGAACCAUCAGGCAGUUUCCUAUUGGCAGUGAAAAGGAAUGUCCAGAACUUGAAGAAAAAGAACCCUGCGUGCCUCAAGGAGAUGGAGUUGCCCUCUGUGCCACGUAUGGCUGGACAACAACAGAGUGGACCGAGUGCCGCGUGGACCCUUUGCUGAGCCAACAAGACAAGAGACGUGGCAACCAGACCGCCCUCUGUGGAGGAGGCGUCCAGACCCGAGAGGCAUACUGCGUGCAAACCAAUGGAAAUCUCCUCGCGCACUUAAAUACCCGCAAAAACAGAGAAGCCUCAAAACCAGUGGAUUCGAAAUUCUGCACUGGCCCAGUCCCUAACACGACACAGCUGUGCCACAUUCCUUGUCCAAUUGAAUGUGAGGUUUCACCUUGGUCUGCUUGGGGACCUUGUACUUAUGAAAACUGUGAUGACCAGCAAGGCAAAAAAGGCUUCAAACUGAGGAAGCGGCGCAUUACCAAUGAGCCCACUGGGGGAUCUGGGGGUACUGGAAACUGCCCUCAUUUGCUGGAAGCCAUUCCCUGUGAAGAGCCAUCCUGCUAUGAGUGGAAAGCAGUGAGGCUUGGAGAUUGUGAGCCAGAUAACGGAAAGGAGUGUGGUCCAGGCACUCAGGUUCAAGAGGUUGUGUGCAUCAACAGUGAUGGUGAAGAAGUGGACAGACAGCUUUGCAGAGAUGCCAUCUUCCCCAUUCCUGUGGCCUGUGAUGCCCCAUGCCCAAUGGACUGUGUGCUCAGCGCCUGGUCUACGUGGUCUUCCUGCUCACACACCUGCUCAGGAAAAACCACAGAAGGGAAACAGAUACGAGCCCGGUCCAUUCUGGCCUAUGCAGGGGAAGAAGGUGGAAUUCGCUGUCCAAACACCAGUGCUCUGCAAGAGGUGCGCAGCUGUAAUGAGCAUCCCUGUACUGUGUACCACUGGCAAACUGGUCCGUGGGGCCAAUGCAUCGAGGACACCUCAGUGUCAUCCUUCAACACAACUACGACUUGGAAUGGAGAGGCCUCGUGCUCUGUUGGCAUGCAGACAAGAAAAGUUAUCUGUGUACGAGUCAAUGUGGGCCAAGUAGGACCCAAAAAGUGUCCUGAAAGCCUUCGGCCUGAAACCGUGAGGCCUUGUCUGCUUCCUUGUAGGAAAGACUGUAUUGUAACACCAUAUAGUGACUGGACACCAUGCCCCUCCUCCUGUAGAGAAGGUGACUUGGGAGUCAGGAAGCAGUCUCGGCUUCGGGUCAUUAUUCAGCUGCCAGCCAAUGGAGGCCGGGACUGCACGGAUCCUCUCUAUGAAGAGAAGGCCUGUGAGGCCCCUCAAGUGUGUCAGAGCUACAGAUGGAAGACUCACAAGUGGCGCAGGUGCCAGUUAGUCCCUUGGAGCAUACAACAGGACAUCCCUGGAGCACAGGAAGGCUGUGGGCCUGGUCGACAGGCAAGAGCUAUUACUUGUCGAAAGCAAGAUGGAGGACAGGCUGGCAUCCAUGACUGCCUCCGGUAUGCAGGCCCUGUGCCAGCCCUCACACAAGCUUGCCAGAUCCCCUGCCAAGAUGACUGUCAAUUUACCAGCUGGUCCAAGUUUUCUUCAUGCAAUGGAGACUGUGGUGCAGUUAGGACCAGAAAGCGUACUAUUGUGGGAAAAAGUAAAAAGAAAGAAAAAUGUAAAAAUUCCCAUUUGUACCCCCUGAUCGAGACUCAGUAUUGUCCUUGUGACAAAUACAAUGCACAGCCUGUAGGGAACUGGUCAGACUGUAUUUUACCAGAAGGGAAAGUGGAAGUGUUACUGGGAAUGAAAAUACAAGGAGACAUCAAGGAAUGUGGACAAGGAUAUCGUUACCAAGCAAUGGCAUGCUAUGAUCAAAAUGGAAGGCUAGUGGAAACAUCCAGAUGUAACAGCCAUGGAUACAUUGAAGAGGCCUGCAUCAUCCCCUGCCCCUCAGACUGCAAGCUCAGCGAGUGGUCCAACUGGUCCCGCUGCAGUAAGUCUUGUGGCAGUGGUGUGAAGGUUCGUUCUAAAUGGCUGCGUGAAAAACCAUAUAAUGGAGGAAGACCUUGCCCCAAACUGGACCAUGUCAACCAGGCACAGGUGUACGAGGUUGUCCCAUGCCACAGUGACUGCAACCAGUACAUAUGGGUCACAGAGCCAUGGAGCGUCUGCAAGGUGACCUUCGUGAAUAUGCGGGAUAACUGUGGAGAGGGUGUGCAAACCCGAAAAGUGAGAUGCAUGCAGAAUACAGCAGAUGGCCCUUCUGAACAUGUGGAGGAUUACCUCUGUGACCCAGAAGAGAUGCCUCUGGGUUCCAGAGAGUGCAAAUUACCUUGCCCUGAGGACUGCGUAAUAUCUGAAUGGGGUCCAUGGACCCGUUGUGCUUUGCCUUGCAAUCAAAGCAGCUUCCGCCAAAGGUCAGCAGAUCCCAUCAGACAACCUGCUGAUGAAGGAAGAUCCUGCCCAAAUGCUGUGGAGAAGGAACCCUGCAACCUGAACAAGAACUGCUACCACUAUGAUUAUAAUGUAACAGACUGGAGUACAUGUCAUCUGAGUGAGAAGGCAGUUUGUGGAAAUGGCAUUAAAACAAGGAUGUUGGAUUGUGUUCGAAGUGAUGGCAAGUCAGUUGACCUGAAAUAUUGCGAAGAGCUUGCCCUGGAGAAGCACUGGCAGAUGAACACAUCCUGCAUGGUGGAAUGCCCUGUGAACUGUCAGCUUUCAGACUGGUCUCCUUGGUCAGAAUGUUCUCAAACAUGUGGCCUCACAGGAAAAAUGAUCCGAAGACGAACAGUGACCCAGCCCUUUCAGGGUGAUGGAAGACCAUGCCCUUCCCUGAUGGAACAGUCCAAGCCUUGCCCAGUGAAGCCCUGCUAUCGGUGGCAAUACGGCCAGUGGUCCCCAUGCCAAGUGCAGGAGGCCCAGUGUGGAGAAGGGACCAGAACGAGGAACAUUUCUUGUGUAGUGAGCGAUGGGUCAUCUGAUGACUUCGGCAAAGUGGUAGAUGAGGAAUUCUGUGCUGACAUUGAACCCAUUGUAGAUGGUAGUAAAAAAAUGAUUCUGGAGGAAACCUGUACCCAGCCUUGCCCAGGUGACUGUUACUUGAAGGACUGGUCUCCAUGGAGCCUGUGUCAGCUGACCUGUGUGAAUGGUGAAGACCUAGGCUUUGGUGGAAUACAGGUCCGAUCCAGAGCAGUGAUUAUACAAGAACUGGAGAAUCAACAUCUGUGCCCAGAGCAGAUGUUAGAAACAAAAUCAUGUGAUGAUGGACAGUGCUAUGAGUAUAAAUGGAUGGCCAGUGCAUGGAAGGGCUCUUCCCGAACAGUCUGGUGUCAAAGAUCAGACGGUGUAAAUGUAACAGGGGGCUGCUUGGUGGUGAGCCAGCCUGAUGCUGAUAGGUCUUGUAACCCCCCGUGCACUCAGCCUCAUUCAUACUGCAGUGAGACAAAGGCAUGCCGCUGUGAAGAGGGGUACACUGAGGUCAUGUCUUCUAACAGCACACUCGAGCAAUGCACACUUAUCCCUGUGGUGGUGAUACCCACCAUGGAGGACAAGAGAGGAGAUGUGAAAACCAGUCGGGCAGUACAUCCAACCCAGCCCUCCAGUAACCCAGCAGGACGGGGCAGGACCUGGUUUCUGCAGCCAUUUGGGCCAGAUGGGAGACUAAGGACCUGGGUUUACGGUGUAGCCGCUGGGGCAUUUGUGUUACUCAUCUUUAUUGUCUCCAUGAUUUAUCUAGCUUGCAAAAAGCCAAAGAAACCCCAAAGAAGGCAAAACAACCGACUGAAACCUUUAACCUUAGCUUAUGAUGGAGAUGCAGACAUGUAACACUUAACUUUCCUGGCAACAACCAGUUUUGGCUUUCUGACCUUGUUGUAGAUAUCCAGAGGCUGCAGCAACAUUAUCCAAACUCUGUGGAUUAUAAUUCAAUUUAACUUAAAAUAAAAGAAAAUGAAAAUGAAAAUCAUGCUGCCACUGAGCUAUUCAAGAUAGCACCACUAACAUAUAAGCCAACAACAUUCAGAAUUCUAGAAGUUUGUCAUCUUUUAUGUCAUCUUUUCUGAAAUCUACCAAUUGAAAAACCACUUUCAUUUCUAAAAUAUAGUGGUAAAAUUGGCCAUUGGAUGCCUGACACAAGGCUGUUUGCAAUGAUAGCCCACAGAACAUUCUAGCAUGAAGAGUUUGUAACAAGACCUCUACAAUACUACAGUAAAGCAUAACAACAUAUAUACUCAAUUGAUUGACACACAUUGUAAUGUCAUAUUAUUUACUUGUCAAUAAGCAACUUUAACAGUGAAGAAGAGAAAAGUUCCAAGCUAAACAGAAAAUCCAUUGAAUAAGUUCAGCAUCUUCCUGGUUUGAUGGUUGCUUUUAUUGACCUGCAUUUCAGAGACAGAGACUCUUUUAUAAGACUCACUCUUGGCUCUCUCCAAUGUACGAAUGCUGGACAUGUACUAGUAUCUUAGAAGAAAGAGUCCUCAAGUUCAGUAUUUUAUAGUGGUUAUUGUCUGGAAAGCUAAAUUGCUUGUGUUGAUACAUUUCUACUUUCCCUGAUUUUCAAACUGGUUGCCUGCAUCUUUUUUGCUUAUGGAAGGCACAUUUUUGCACUAUAUUAGUGCAGCAUGAUAGACACUUACUUAACCAAUAUGCCAUAGAAACUGCCUCUUUUCAUAUGGGAUGAAGACAUCUUUGCCAAGAGUGUCAUGGAGACUUCUGCAAGUUCUUGUAUCCUGAAGAGAGUAAAGUUCAGUUUGGAUGGCAACAGGAUGGAUUCAGCGGUUACCUGCUGUAUACACUGUUCCUUGGCUCUGCAGCCAUUGUAAAACUGACAACAUAGUGGUAUCUUAAGCCCCUUAACCCCCCAAAAGGUGGAUCCCUCUAGUUGGUUUGUAAUUGUUCUUUGAAGGCUCUUUAUGACUAGAUUUUUAUAUUUGUUAUCUUUGUUACAAAAAGAAAAGAAAAGAAAAGAAAAAAAGAAACUGCUUGUCUUUUUAAUUUCAGGAAGAUGGAGAAGAAGGUAAUAUCAUCAAUGAUUUUUGUAACUAAAAGAAAUCAAAAGUAUGUGUUGAUUUUUCUUUCUCCCUGAUUUGCUCUCUCGGUUUCAGAGUGAAGGACUGUCUUGUAGGCAGUAUGUCAAAAUCCAUAGUCUUUUGUCUUUCUUACUAGUAAAAUUUGAACCAGUCUUUUAUUGUAGAAUUUCAAAACCUAAACUUUAAAAAAUAUAUAUAUUAAAAAUCUAGACCAAGGGCGGCAACCCUUUUCUAUAAAGGAUCAGACAGUAAUUAUUUUCAGCCCGGUCUUCAUUGCAGUUUCUCAACUCUGACAUUGUAUAAUGUUGCCAGAGAUGACACAAAAGAAGAAAAAGGAUGAAUAUGGCUGUUUUCCAGAAAAACACUUUUUAAAAGCAGCCAGCACACCACAUUUACAGAUUCUAGUUUGCCGACAACCACUCCAGAUGGUUUUAAGUCUAACUCUCCGUUGCAUCUUUAGUUUUCAUUCAUUUAUGCUCUGUCACCAGUGUUUAAUUUCAAAGGUGAAAAUUCAGGCAUGAAACUUACAUUGCACUAGAAGUAGUUAUAUUUAUCACAGAUAUAGCUCUGAGAUUGCACAGUGGAACAGUUUCUAACUUAGGAGAACUCCGUUUUAUGAAAAGAAAGCUUGAAUGGUGACCUUAAAAAGCAGCACUGUUUUUUAGGCAAUAUUGACUGUAACAACCUUUGGGAUCAGGGAGAAUGUUAGGUUUUCAUGUCUUUUAAAAAUUGUAAGCAAGUUAUUCCAUCUUAAACAUAGUCAUGUAGCUAUAAAAGUGCUUGGGAUUAUAAAGCAUUUUCCCCUCACAUACUAUACAGUGGAUUUUGAUCUCCCCCUGCUGUCCACUAGAGUAUUUGCAAAGAUUACAAAAGAGAUUAGAAUGUCCCCCAAAUGAAAAUAUUUCUACAUAUUGCAAUAGGAACUGUUGUAAGCAUUCAUUCUUUAUCCAAUAUUCACUAUAUUAAGCAAUGGAAAUAUUUCAAAGAUAACAGGUAGUCAGUAAGAUAAGAAAUUUUAUUUUAAACCAAGGACUCAACCAUGGAAAAACAUAAAAACAAAGUCCAUUUUAUCUUUUUUAAUGGAAGAGAAAGAAGUAAUAUUGUUAUUCUAAAAUGGUGAGGGUCAAUAUAUAUACUCAGGAGGCUUCCAGAUAAUACUCAAAUUGAUCUCUUUGGUAAAAUGUACUCCAUUCAUCCAAAAUGGUUGAGAAAAAAAUCUAUUAAAAUUACUUGAAAAAUUGCAAAAGUCUUAUGAAAUGUAUGCAACACCUAGUAAUUUUGAAAAGGGGAAUAGAAUAAAAUACUGUUCCUACAAAAGCUGUACUUAAGAUAUUAUAAAAUGUAAUUUAUUCAAAAGACAAAUCAGUAUUAUCCUGCCUAGGUUGUAAGAAAUAAAUGAAUUAAGAGAUCAAAAAUUAUAAAGUGUUAUAAAAAUAUAAGACAUUAUAUCCCAAAAUUGAUGACAUCUCACAGCACUAUAUAUGUAGAAGACAUUAGGUGCUAUGUGAACCAAUGCCAGGGAACAUACUAGAUGCUUAUUGUUAAUAUAAAUUAAUACUAGAUGGCCUCUUAUGACGUGAAAAAAAGGGAAGAUAAUUAUUUGGCCAGUUUGAACAAGUGGAGAUUAUCAUAUUUAUGUUUGUUUGUUUUUUGGCAUGAGUUCAUAAUGAGUUAAAUACUGGAAAUUCAUCAAAACCUUAUUCUUUGUGCUCAUUCUAAGAAUUUAGGAGGUGAACAUGGUAAAUUGUCUACUAACACUUUUGCCUUGACAAAAUGCUCUGAGCCCAAAAAGGUUUAGAGAUACUGUUCUAUAAGCAUGAAGAUCUGCUUGGUUUAAAAAAAAAGAAAAGAAAAAUAUUGUUAUAUGAUUAUGUUGGACUAUUUCAGUAGAAACCAUGUAGAAGUGGCAUACUUAUCUCUCUUGAAAGGGACUGAUUUGCUUACUUAUCAAUACCUCAUUCAGUUCAUUGACUAUAAUCCUAAUUUCAAAGCCUUUUUGAGGACACUACAGUGGAGCUUAAGCUACUAAAGGGAGCGCAUAAAAGCAUGUCUCAAUUACUUAUAACUAAGCACAAUUUACAUAUAAGAAAUAUUUAUUGAAUUAUUACAUGUAAAACACUCUGCUAGGCACCAUGAAAACCAAUAAUGGCUUUUGGAAACAUAGGUACCUAAGACACUUUUUAAAAGCAGCCAGCACACCACAUUUACAGAAGAAGGAAAAGAAGCUUAAGGAGUAACGAUAGCGCUUGAACACAUUGUCCUUUACUCUGGAUUUGCUUAUAGAUGUGGUUAGUAUUUUUCUAUAUGUAAUGUGACUUAGGACACGCUAUCAAAAGCUUAAUGUUUUUCCUCCUCCACCCCAGAUAGAUGGAAAUGGUCAUUGUGACUUAAUCAGAAACCUGUAAAGUUCCUGGCCAUUCAAAGAUGAAGUCAUUUCUUACAUGAAGCCAGUGGCAACUCUCACAUAUUUAUUUACCUCCUCCAACUUUGGUCCUUUAUGAUCUUCUCUUCCUGGUAUCUCUCUACAUUUCUCUCUUAUCAAUGACUGAUCUUGUCUGUGUCCCUCAGAAGCACCUUCCACUGACCAUGCUCAGUACUUUAUUUAAAAAAAAAAAGUAGAGAACACUUAUAUUUCCUUCCUGUUGGAAUCAAAGUGUCACUUAGAGUGUGAGCAUCUUGGUUAAACAGAAUGCACUGGUCAAAGAAGUGAGAAAAGGGCAAGGAAAGCUGUGGAGGAUGUGCAAAAGAAAAAAAAAACUUUUUCUAUUAAAAAAAAAUACCGUCAAUUCUUACCCUCGCUUUAUUGGUGCCCUGUAUCCUCUUAGCCCCCUGUUUCUGUCUGUGUCUCUGCUCACUUCCCACCCUACAAGACAGUGAGGGAGGCCUAUGCUUUUCAGUACUGUGAAGCAAGAAGAACCCAUUCCUAGGUGGGUUUGGGGUCUGAAUAUGCAAGGAUCAUGCUUCUCAUGUUUCUUGCUCUAUUUCCCUUCCAAGAUGGAGGGUUCCAAAGGACAGCAGUCUGUGAACAACUCUAAGGGAAUCUUGCAGAGCAUGGUUUUCCUGGGUCUAGGUUAGAUGUGAGAACCACACCUGCCUGUUCUCGUGAUAAUUGUUCCACCUGGUCCUACCCUCAGAUGUCCUUGGCUGUGCAGCUGGACUUCAGGCAUCUGACACUGGAGAGUGGGCCUUGCAAAUGGUUAUUCUUUUAUGAAAAGGGUAUUUUACAGUGUGAAAUGAUAAUUCCAUAUCUAGCAAGGACACUGAAAAAUGGUCAUGCCUACUUUAUUAAGUGAAUAAAACAAAUGCUAAGUGAAUAGUUAAUUUUGCAGGGUUGUUUGUUUGUUUGUUUGUUUGUGUAUUUCUGCCAAGCCACACCAUUAAACAGAAAGACUAUGAAGAGUUUUAGUUUGUGGGAGUUAAGAUUUUAGUGAUCAAAAAUCUCUAUUCUAUUUAGAAUGUAACAAGGUGUCCUUUUUAUGGUUGUGUUCUAUAGGUUUUUUUUUUUUUUCUUUAAGUAAUAGCUUUUAGAUUACCUAUUUCAAGCCUCAAUAAACUUUUCCCAACUACUUUUAAGGAAUCUAAUUGUGUUUACUUUUAGAAAAUAAACAUUUAGAUUCCUUUUCUGGUACUUUUUCCUACCCAUUUCUAUAGCAAUUUGAAGAGAUCAGUAUCUGCCAUUGUAAAAUACAACUUUAGUAAAUUUAUGAUCUUUCUAUAAAUUAUAAUCCCCUAAAUGUGUAUUUUUUGUUAAUUUAACUACCUGAGUAUUUAUUUUGUUUAAAUAAGGAGGCAGCUGUCUAUGAGUUCUUUGUUAAUAUUACUUUGUAAAUUGUGUAAUUUAUUUUAAAUUAUGUACAUUUCUUUUAUAACGCACAAAAUGUCUAUGUACAAUUAACUACAGAUUUGCAAAUAAACAAUGUCACUAAGCUUUAUUCAGUUAAUACAGAAUGGCAUGUGAAGAUGUAAUAUGAUUUUUUUACAUUUUCAUAUGGAUUAUUUGUAAAUAACUAUAUUGCUGAAAACAUAAACAUGGAAGUCAUUUUCAUUCUAA